AUGUCUGCAUUAAGAUUUAAAACUUGUCGUCUACUUUCAGGAAAUGUUCGGAAGAGAGAACUUACAAUAAUACAACGCCGCAUUCUCCGAAGAUUGAGGAAGAAGAAGGAAGAUAUGAAGAAUCUUAACAGUUACAUCCAAUCACAAACUACACGAAAGUUGCCCCUUUUUCAUGGGGAUUUACCCAUUACAGAGAUGCACAGAGGAAAAGAACGAACUUCAUAUAUCCCUUUUCUACUCAAUCCAGAAAGAAGAUUGGACGUUAUUCUGGUUCGUCUCCAUUUUUGUGAAACUAUUCCUCAAGCAAGGCAGCCGAUAAGUCAUCGAAGGGUUUGUGUGAAUAAUGGAAUGGUAAGCAUUACUCAUUUGAAAGUGUCCCACGGUGAUAGAAUAUCUUUUCAAGAAAAUGACGCAAGAAUCCGCGGUGAAGAAAUAAGGAGAUCUUUCUAUCUCAACGAAAAAAACAUAUACGUUUUCCAUGUCGACGGUCGCUGA